UCAGCUCAGAGAGACAGGUCGAGAUCAGUAGAGCGGGAUAUAGCGCGCUCGCCCUUUUGCGCCGUCUUUCUCACUUACGAAUCAUCAUCGGAAGGCCUCACACGCCGCUCGAAAAACAUUCCAUAAUGGCUAAGGGUCAGGGCAAGCGGCAGCGCAACAGAGGCCAGCAGGCCAAGAUGCUGCAGGCCGUCCUCGUUGGCGCGGCCAUGGGGUCCACCACGGCUUUCGUUCCUUCCGUGAGACCAAACCUCGGGUCCGCCACUGCUGCGACCUCCUCCGUUGCACCAGGCGCCGCCACCGUACGAGCCAUGGACAGCUGGGCCAAGGUGGCCGCCCCGCGCAGGAGCUCGAGGUCGAGGGCGGUGGAGGCCCACGGCCUGCAGAUGGUCUCGGCGGGGAUCGAGAAAGGCAUGUUCACGACGUCCAACCCGGACGACCGACGCGUCCUGCCCGAGACGAGGGAUGGCAAGGCCUACUUCAAGGUGACGUACGUUGUGCUGGAGUCCCAGUACCAGAGCUCCCUGACGAAGGCGUGCCAGCGCAUCAACGAGAGCCGCGACGACGUUUGCGUGGAGUGCGUGGGCUACCUGCUCGAGGAGCUCCGUGACCCCAAGAACGUGGCCGCCUUCAAAAAGGACGUGGAGUCUUCCAACAUCUUCAUCGGGUCCCUCAUCUUCGUGCAGGAGCUCGCGGAGGAGGUGCAGAAGGUGGUGGAGCCCCUGCGGGACCAGCUGGACGCCGUGGUUGUGUUCCCUUCCAUGCCCGAGGUCAUGCGCCUCAACAAGGUCGGGUCCUUCACCAUGCAAAACCUCGGACAGAGCAAGUCGGUCGUGUCGGACUUCAUGAAGAAGAAGAAGAAGGAGGACGGAUCUUCCUUCGAGGAGGGCAUGCUCAAGCUACUCCGCACCCUCCCCAAGGUGCUCAAGUACCUGCCUUCGGACAAGGCCAAGGAUGCCAGGAACUUCAUGAUGUCCUUCCAGUACUGGCUGGGUGGCUCCCCCGAGAACGUGGAGAGCCUGCUGCUGACCCUGGCCAAGUCCUACGUGCCGGAGGUGAAGGAGAUGGACUCCGUCCAGGAGAAGGAUAUCGCCGAGCCCGUGCUCCUCCCCGACAAGGGCAUCUGGCACCCCGUCGCGGACAAGGUGUUCGAGAACGUCGACGAGUACCUCUCCUGGUACAACAAGGAACACGCACCGGCGGCCGGGAUCAAGCCCGAGGCCCCCGUGGUCGGCCUGGUGCUGCAGAAGAGCCACAUCAACACCAAGGACGAGUGCCACUACGUCGCUCUCAUCGCCGAACUCGAGGCUCGCGGCGCAAAGGUGAUAACUCUCUACACCGGUGGGCUGGACUUCUCCGGCCCCGUGGAAGAGUACUUCAUCUCCAACGGCAAGUCCGUCGUCGACACGUGCAUCAACCUGACGGGAUUCGCGCUCGUCGGGGGGCCCGCCAGCCAGGACCACGCUAAGGCAGUGUCCACGCUGCAGAAGCUCAACGUGCCGUACUUGUGCACAGUGCCCCUGGUGUUCCAGUCGUUCGAGGAGUGGCAAGCUUCUGAGCUCGGCCUGCACCCCAUCCAAGUUGCCCUGCAGGUGUCUCUCCCUGAGAUAGACGGAGCCAUUGAGCCAAUCAUCUACGCCGGGCGCGAGGGCGCCACCGGGCGUUCGGUCCCCCUCUCGGACCGCGUGCAGCUCGUCGCUGACCGUGCCCUCAAGUGGGCCAACCUCCGGGCCAAGAAGAACGCGGAGAAGAGGCUGGCCGUGACCAUCUUCAGCUUCCCCCCGGACAAAGGCAACGUCGGCACCGCCGCCUACCUUGACGUCUUCGGCUCCAUCCACACCGUGCUUUCCAAGCUCAAGACGGAAGGGUACGACGUCGGAGACCUGCCCGACGACUCGCGAGCUCUGAUGGAGCGAAUCCUCAACGACCCCGAGGCCAGGAUCGACUCCCCCGAGAUGAACGUGGAGUACCGCAUGUCGGUCCAGGAGUACGAGGAGCUCACCCCGUACGCCGGGGACCUCGUCGAGAACUGGGGCAAGGCUCCCGGCCACCUUAACUCGGACGGCCAAAACCUCCUCGUGUUCGGGUGCAAGUUCGGGAACGUAUUCAUCGGCGUCCAGCCCACUUUCGGAUACGAGGGCGACCCGAUGCGUCUGCUCUUCUCCAAGUCUGCCUCCCCCCACCACGGGUUCGCGGCGUACUACACGUACCUCGAGAAGAUCUUUAAGGCGGACGCGGUCCUCCACUUCGGCACCCAUGGGUCCCUCGAGUUCAUGCCCGGCAAGCAGGUCGGCAUGUCCGGCGCGUGCUACCCGGACCGCCUGAUCAACUCCAUCCCCAACAUCUACUACUACGCGGCGAACAACCCUUCGGAGGCCACCAUCGCCAAGCGCCGCUCGUACGCCGCGACCAUCUCGUACCUCACCCCACCCGCCGAGAACGCUGGUCUCUACAAGGGCCUCAAGGAGCUGAACGAGCUGGUAUCUUCGUACCAAGGCCUCCGCGACAACGGUGCCCGCGGCCCUUCCAUCGUUAGCGCUUCCAUCGCGUGCGCCCGAACGUGCAAUCUUGACAAGGACAUCAAGGACCUCCCCUCGGACGACACCGACACCAAGUUAAUGACCAUCGAGGAGCGCGAUAACAUCAUCGGCAAGAUCUACCGUCGCCUCAUGGAGAUCGAGUCCCGCUUGCUCCCUUGCGGACUCCACACUGUCGGCGUUCCCCCCACCUCGGCGGAGGCGGUGGCCACCUUGGUCAACAUCGCGUCGCUCGACCGCCCGGAGGACGGCAUCAAGUCUCUGCCUCGUAUCGCUGCGGAGUCGAUGGGACGCGACAUCGGGGAGAUCUACACGAACGCCGACAACGGAGACCUCGAGGACGUUCAGCUCUUGCAGCAGGUGACUGAGGCGUGCCGUGCGGCCGUGCUGGCGUGCGUCGAGCGAUCGACGAACUCGGAGGGACGCAUUGUGGAGGUCAACCCCUUCGCCGACUUUUUCAGCAAGGCUGUCUCUGGUGGCAGCAGCCCGAUGAAGGCCGCCCUUGAGCAGUUCGGCUUCAAAGGGUGCAAGGACGCUGACCUGGAGCCCGUGUUCACGUACCUGGAGUUCUGCCUCAAGCAGGUGGUCGCCGACAACGAACUCGGCGGACUCCUCGGCGCUCUGAACGGCGAGUACAUCACCCCGGGCCCCGGCGGCGACCCCAUCCGCAACCCCGACGUGCUCCCGACCGGGAAGAACAUGCACGCUCUCGACCCCCAGUCGAUCCCGACCAAGGCGGCCGUGGACUGCGCGAUGGUUGUCGUGGACCGCCUCCUGGAGAGGCUCGUGGCAGAGCAGGGCGAGUACCCGGAGACGGUGGCGUUCACCCUGUGGGGCACGGACAACAUCAAGACCUACGGAGAGUCGCUCGCCCAGGUGCUCUGCCUCGCCGGCGUCAGGCCCAUCGCCGACUCCAUCGGCCGCGUGAACAAGCUGGAGCUCAUCCCCCUUGAGGAGCUCGGCCGUCCCCGCGUGGACGUGGUUGUGUCAUGCUCCGGCGUGUUCCGCGAUCUCUUCAUCAACCAGAUGAACUUGCUCGACCGAGGAAUAAAGAUGGCUGCUGAGGCCGACGAGCCCGCAGACAAGAACUUCGUCCGCAAGCACGCACUCGAGCAGGCGGAGGAGUUCGGUCUCUCCGUCCGCGACGCCGCCACCCGCGUCUUCUCCAACGCCGCGGGGUCCUACUCGGCUAACGUCGGCCUGGCGAUCGAGAACGGCGGCUGGGAGGGCGAGCAGCAGCUGCAGGAGCAGUUCGUGGGCCGCAAGGGCUUCGCGUUCAACGCCGACAAGCCCGGCAUGAUGGAGCAGCAAACAGACAAGUUCAAAAUGGCGCUUAAGACCGUGGACGUGACCUUCCAAAACCUGGACUCUUCGGAGAUCUCGCUCACCGACGUGAGCCACUAUUACGACUCGGACCCGACCAAGGUCGUGUCCAGUCUCCGCGACGACAAGAAGAAGCCGUCGUCCUUCAUGGCCGACACCACCACCGCCAACGCGCAGGUGCGGACGCUGUCGGAGACGGUCCGCCUCGACGCGCGCACCAAGCUGCUGAACCCCAAGUUCUACGAGGGCAUGCUCGCGUCCGGGUACGAGGGAACCAGGGAGAUCACCAAGCGCCUGCGGAACACGAUGGGCUGGGCGGCGACGGCGGGCGAGGUGGACAACUUCAUCUUCGAGGACGCCAACGACGUGUUCAUCAAGGACGAGGACAUGAGGGACCGCCUCAUGAACCUCAACCCCAACGCGUUCCGGGACACGGUGACCACGUUCUUGGAGGCGAACGGGCGAGGGUACUGGGAGACCUCGGAGGAGAACAUUGAGCUCCUGCAGGACUUGUACCAGGAGGUCGAGGACAAGAUCGAGGGCGUCUAGACAGUCAGACAAGGACUAGACAAGAAGAGAAAAAUAUAAAUGGUGUGUUCCUCCUCUUUGGAGCCUUUGCGCCGGCCGGCCUUUGGAUCUUGGCAAAGUUUGCGGCGUCGAGACUUCGCGUGUGAAUUUUCUGUUUGUGUUUUUGUACACAGCAGGCGGAAGCACAUUUUGGAUUGUUUGGGUUAGUUUGUGUUGUCGUGUUCUUAUGCACCGUGACCGGCGGCGGAAUUUUUGUGCACUUUUGGAUGUGAAAUUUGAGGUGGGUGAUGUGCUAGAAGGGACGAGUGGCAACCAGCCUCCGUGAGUGAUGGCACGUGCCCCGUGGAUUUUGAUGAAUAGUGAAUGGGAUAAGGAUUACGGGGGCUGCAACCUUUUACAGGAGAUUCGGGGGCGUCGUAGACAUUUAAAAGUAGAGUAAUUUUCCUUUUAGGGCUCACGCGUUAUUCUAGCAGGAUGACCAUAUCGUUUGUGUGUCUUGCAGUAGAGCAAGGUGACAGGGAGGUCAGUGCAAUUGACGUUGCAGGGAGGGUGUCAGGCGGUGGAGGGGGGGGGAGGGGGGGGGAACGACGAACAAGCAGCACAAAAAAGAAUCGCCAAAACAAAGGAUGACAAGAGUAAGACGAACCAGAGCACGGCAUGUGCGACUGGCCAUCUGCUGUUGUUGACCCCUGGCGCUGCGUUGUUCGCGCGCCUGCGGUGGCAGCAGCGCUGUAACGUUGCUCUGUGCUACGUUGCGUGUGCUUGUCUCCGUACUUGUUGGGCGCCAUUUCUUUUUCUUGUUGUUUUGCUGGAGGGGAGGUGAGGUUGUUGCGGCCACUUUCCAAUCGAGUUGAAUGCACGCAGUAGUUUUUUUCUUUGUUGGUGUUUCGAUUCGACAGACCGGGAGAUGGCUACAUGCGCUGCGAUCAGGAAGCGAGCCGGUGGUUCAUAGAACGAAAGUUCGUUGCUACACUGCUGUCACAUGUGGGAAUGUGGAUAGCAAAACAAGCGAGGCCUUGUUACCCGGAAGGGCGAUGCCUCGUGAGCAAAUAAACGUGUGGACGCGUUCCAGAUCGUUUGAAAUCUUGGUGGAAAAAGAAACAUGAACAUGACGUGGGAUUUUCGCUGUCGUGUGUCCCGCCCGCGUCGUCGUGCUGCCACCGUUCGACGGAAGUCCAUCUCCGAGGUUCGCACACCAAACUAUUGCGCUGCGCUCCCGACGCCCACUCAUCUCUACCCUUUUUGCCCUGGGGACAAAACGUCGCCGCGCGCGAUGACACGUAAUUUUUGUUGGAGUGUAUCGCGUAGAGGAAAACAAUUGUUGUUUGGCCUUUCUCCUGCGUCAUGUCGGCUAGCGGCUCCGAAAUUGAUCACCAUUUUCCCGAAAGACGCACGUAUCAACCUCCAGAAGACUCCAACAUCGAUGAACAAAACAAAUCUCUUGACACCAUCAUCACCACUCGAAACCACCACAACCAAACGAAGAAAAACAUUAAGAUGGACGUGUACGUCCCUGUUAAUCGUAACAAUACUCGCGACAUACUUUCAAAUCCCUUCCUUGCGGUGCACUCGUGAACUCCUUGGAUUCAUCAACAAGAUGUUACUGAGGUGCCCGCACCAAGAAAAGGACGAACGUUCUCUGUGGACCCGCCGGAAGACGCGUGUGCGUGUGCGCUUGAUUCAGACAGGAUCCAUCACGUAUGGACGAUGAUGAACAGCGGGAGGGAGGGAUCGGAACAGCCAUUGAUCAAUGAACGAAAGAACGCCGCGUGUGUGUGUAUUUACUGUUUGUGUGUGGAUGGAAUGGAUGUAUACGUACUUGAGUAGGCAAUAACAACCCCUUACAAUGACAGCACAAAAACGUGUGAGACGUAUACCACAUGGGGUUCUGAAAGGGGAAGGGGGGGCGUCGCUUCAAUGUCACCGGGGACACGUAUUUGCGUGCAUACCUGUGACGCUGCCUGCAUACUGAUACCCCUUCAUUGAGACCAAAAAAUGAUAACAUAUCAAGAGAAUAAGAGGAAAACAUGGCAUGCCAGGUUUCGAUCCUGGGUCCUCGAGGUUAUGAGCCUCGCACGCUACCUCUGCGCCACAUGCCAGCGCUGCUUCUAAUGAGCAAAGUUGUGACAAUUACACAAAUAAAUCUUGUAGAGUUGGUGAUAUUAGGGGCCAGCUUUUUCGUACCUUUUUGAGAGGAUAGCCACAUUGAUAAUCUCCAACGUGGUUGCGUUUUAGGGUGUCCGGCAGUAACGACGUCUUUUCUCCCAGUGAUAUCGUCCUCUGGUUGAAGUUUGAUCUUCAACCCCGCCUCCCCGCCUUGGCGUGCAUUUCGAUGGAACUCCCUGGUUAGAAUUUCGGAGAUCGCCACCGCGAUCUCCGUUUUUGAAAGGUAGCAGCCUCCUUCGGCACCCCUCCAAACCAAGACCCCGAAGAGGACGCCCAGUUGCUCUCCACAACAGCCUAUCAUGCUGGCACCCUCACCCACCAUUUGGUUCUUCUUGAUAUGGGCUAAGGGGUUUGGUGUCUGCAGAUGAAGGCGCCAGCAGCAGCAACAUUUUUGAAAAAGACCGAGCACGAUGACCGAGCACGACGGCGGAUAGAAGGAGCUUGGAGCGCUCCAGCAGGAAGAAGUGCCUCAGCAGCGAACAUGUGAACGUACUGUAGGUGACGCACAGCAGGGCGAGGAAGGAAGCCGGGUAGAAGAUUGGACCACAAGUCUAAACAGUAGACUGGACCAUACCCUCUGUGCCGCGUUGAGAUGUAUCGCACGUCAUCCACCGUUGUGAAAGAUCGCUGCUGCUGUGGUAUUGUAGAAGGACGACACCAGAAGAGGGCGUGAUGAGGAGGGCGCCGUUAGCAGGGAGGAGGAAUGCAGGCCUGGGGUUGGGGGGGAGGCAGGAUGGAACUACUUUUUGUUGAUGGCGCGCGGUGAUACGUACACCGCUUGGGCUAUGACUACUGUGUAGCACGACCGCGGUAGAAUACCAGCGGAAAGGAUUUUCUAGCUCAUUUGAAGCUUACCUCCCUUGGUUUUAGUACCGGGCGUGUCGUUUUCUGGUAAAUGCUUCAUCUAUACGAAACGUCGCCGUGCAGCGU